UGGGCAUUGCCAGCUGCUUCUGCAAUGGAGGAGAAGGUGCCCUUGGUGGCUGCCUACGAGGCUGCGCUGGUGCUGAGCGGGGUGGGCGAUGCCCUGGGCUACCGGGGGGGGCUGUGGGAGUACUGCACCCAGGGCCCCCUGAUCCAUGCCCAGCUGGCAGAGCUGGGGGGGCUGGAGGCCAUCAGCCUGGAGCCCCCCCAGUGGCCUGUGAGCGAUGACACCGUCCUGCAGCUGGCCACGGCCGAGGGGCUGGCCACAGGGCUGGAGGGGGAGCCCCUGCUGCAGGAGCUGGCUCGCCGCUACGUGGCUGCCAUGGGAGACAUGGAGGGUCGCAAGCCGGGACCUAGCAGCAUCCUGGGCACCUCGCAGCUGCGUCCCGGGGAGCCCCAGGGCUAUCGGAUCCCCUUCAACCCCAGCGGCACCGGCUGCGGUGCGGCCAUGCGCAGCCUGGCGAUCGGCCUCCGGUACCCACAUGCCCGGGAGCUGCCCACGCUGAUCCGGGUGAGCAUCGAGAGCGGCCGCAUGACACAUCACCACCCCACGGGCUACCUUGGGGCGCUGGCUGUGGCCCUGUUCGCGGCGCUGGGGGCCCGGGGGGAGCCCCCAGAGCAUUGGGGAGCAGAGCUGCUGAGGGUCCUGCCCCUGGCCUGGGAAUACGUGGAGGGGACAGGAGUGGCCCUGGAGGACAAUGCCAGCGCCUGGCCCUUCUUCCAUGACGCCUGGCAGAGGUACCUCUCCUCCCGGGGGCUGCUGCCAGGCCAGGGCCCACCCCAGCUGCCUGCGCUGUGCUCUGCAGCGGAGCGGGACGAGGCCUACAGCGCCUGGGCCCUGCAGGGCUGGGCCGGCCGCAGUGGCCAUGACGCCCCCAUGGUGGCCCUGGAGGCCUUGCUGGCAGCUGGCGGCUGCUGGGCUGAACUGUGCGCCCGGGGGGUGCUGCACGGCGGUGACAGCGACUCCACCGGCGCCAUCGCCGCUGGCUGCUGGGGGCUGCUGCACGGCCUGGACUCGGUGCCCCCCGGGCUGCACCGUGGCCUGGAGUACAGUGACCGCCUGCGAGCCGCUGCCCGCAGCCUGCACCGCCUGGCCUGGGGGGGGCGCUGAGCACCACCCACAGCC